AUGGGUGUUAAUUUAGAAAAUCUUAAUCCAAAAGUACAUCAAAAAAUUGAUGAACGACAAUUAACUGAUUUUGAUGAAAAUGAAGAUGUUGUUGAUGCAUUUGAUGAACGUGAAAUAUUUGAUUUAAUUAGAAAUAUAAAUGAUCCAGAGCAUCCAUUGUCAUUGGAAGAAUUGAGUGUUGUUGAUCAGAGUUUAAUUGAGAUUGAUAAUGUUAAAAAUUAUGUCAAUGUACAAUUUACACCAACAAUUCCACAUUGUAGUAUGGCAACAUUAAUUGGUUUAUCAAUACGAGUACAGCUAUUACGAGCAUUACCACCAAGAUUUAAAGUAUCAGUUAUUGUUACACCAGGUACACAUGUUUCUGAGCAAGCUGUUAAUAAACAAUUGGCUGAUAAAGAACGUGUUGCUGCUGCACUUGAAAAUUCACAUCUUGUUGCUGUUAUUAAUCAGUGUGUCAGUGAAAAAGAAUAA